AUGGGAGAUUCACAACGAAAAGGCAAAACUGCAUAUAACAUAUGGACCUCACAAGAGAGUAAUAUGUUGUUAGAACUGAUGGUUGAUGCUGCUAAUCGUGGAUGGCGUGAUAAUAAUGGUGUAUUUAGCAAACUAACUGUGGAAAGUAAGAUACUUCCUAAGCUAAAUGAAGCACUUGGAUGUAAUAAAAAUUAUACUCAAUAUCAGGGUCGCUUGAAAUGGUUUAAAACGUAUUAUCAAACAUUUUCUCAACUCAUGCGUUUCAACUUUGGUUUUGGAUGGGAUGCAGCCACACAAAGAUUCACUGCCACAGAUGAAAUAUGGGAUAAUUACUUUAAGUCUCAUCCAAACCAGAAACACCUUCGAACAGACACUUUUGCUGACUUUGAGGAUUUAAAAAUUGCUGUUGGAAAUGGAACUGCCAUUGGAAAAAACUCUAUUGGAUUGGGAGACGAUACAGAUGCAAGAAUUUAUGGACAAGAUGAAAGUACACAUGGUAGGAUAGAUGACUAUGUAUAUGAUGAGAUUAACGAGGUAUAUGUUCCAACUCAACUCGAUCCAUCAUGCCAAGCACCUUCACUCGGACAUAAUGAACCAUCAAUGUCAGAGUUCGAUCCAAAUUUAGAAGUUCCCAUGGAAAAUGUUGUUCAAAGAAAGCGAACUAGAAAUGAAUAUGAAGGGAAUACUCGUUCAUUUGAUCAGAAUGCCACUCGAGUUUAUCUUCUAGAAAAACUUUCUCAUGGUUUGGACUCGAUUGGAAAAAUUGCCACUGAAAUUUGGGGUAUGUAUAAUCUAAUGGAGAAAAGGGAAAAGGCAACUAGUGAAAAGGAGAAAAAGAAUGAUAUUUGGAAUGUUAUUAAGGAAACUCCAAAUUUAGAUAACAUUGGUCGCUAUAAAGCACUUGCAUUGAUUCAGAAAAUGGGAGUUAAAGAUGCAUUCUUGAAGAUGUUACCUGAAGAGCGCUCAGAAUGGAUAUCAUUUAAUAUGGAAUGA